UUAAGUGAUGUGGGUUUGUGCUAUUAACGUGUUUUCGUGCAGGUGAAUUCACCUUGUCGAGGCGAAGGCAGCCGAACGGAGCCUUCUGCGCCAGAAGGUGGCAGUAAUGCACCCGGAAGCUGUUUGCCAACCAUCAUUAUAAAAAGAAGAAGAAGUACUGUUGUUAGCCUGCUACGCUAACAUCCAACCGAACAUGAUGCUACUCGGCUAAAUGCUUUCAGAUCAACUCUUCUACUACACACGUGGUUUUGUUUAUAACACUUGUCGGCAGAAGUAAAGCAAGUCGCCAUCUUCCGUAUUCGGUCUUCGCUUCGUUCUCGGAGAAGUUAGUUUUCUAAAGCGGUCGAAUGGAAAUGUCAACAAUCCAGAGUUUAAGACAGUUUAUCCACGAGAGGUUACACACUGCUGCUGAAGACAUAUUUGGAUGUUUUGAAGCGACUGUCACAAAGUACGAGGAGGAGAUCGGUCGUCAGCGCAGACUGCUGGAUGUAACUUUGAAACCUGUAGUAAAGCUGCAGAGAAUAGAGCUCCCACAGCGACAUGUCUGUAUCAAGGAAGAGUUUCCUGCUGACCUGCUGGAGAGGAACCCCAGUCCAGACCAAGAGGAGCCAGAACCUCGACAGAUUAAGGAGCAGCAGGAGGAGCACUGCAUCGAGCUCCCAGAGCAACAUUGUCUUAAUGAGGAGGAGUUUCCAUCUGACCAGCAGCUCUGGAACCUUGAGAGGAACCCCAGUCUGGACCAAGAGGAGCCAGAACCUCCACAGAUUAAAGAGGAGGAGGAGCACUGCAUCGGUCUGGAAAUAGAGCAGCUUGUACUGAAGCAGGAGGAUCAAGAUCACCUUUUGUUGAAUCCUACUUUCAAGGAAAGUGACCACAGUGAACCUGAACCAAGUGACCACCAGCUCCUCUCCCACAGCUCAGCUCAGAGCCAAGAUCUCAACGGAGGCCAGCAUGGAAACUCAAAAUCAGUUAGUAAUGCAGAGCAGGCAUCAGAAAAGGGACAUCAUGUCAUCACAAGAGCAAAAGGGAGAACAAGUCCCAGUAAGCUUGCAUGUAGCUCUACCAUGUCAAAGAUUGUGCCGAAUAUCCGCAAGAGUAAAAAGGUUUUCGAGUGCGACACUUGUGGAAAAGUCUUUAAGUGGAAGUCAUUAUUAAAUAGACAUCUUAAGGUGCACACAGGUGAGGAACCUUUUUCUUGCAAAACCUGUAGGAGAAGUUUUAAAAUGAGAAAUAACCUGCAGAGACACGAGAGAACGCACACUGGUGAGAAACCUUUUUCUUGCAAAACUUGUGGGAGAAGUUUUAGUCUGAGAACAACCCUGCAGGAUCACGAGAGAACGCACACGGGGGAGAAGCCUUUUUCUUGCAAAACUUGUAGGAAAAGUUUUAUUCGGAGUAAUCACCUGAAGAGACACGAGAGAACGCACACAGGCGAGAAACCCUUUUCAUGCAAAACUUGUGGGAGAAGUUUUAGCAAAAGAAAUAACCUGCAGGUCCACAAGAGAACGCACACGGGCGAGAAGCCUUUUUCUUGCAAAACUUGUGGGAGAAGUUUUAGACUGAGAACUACCCUACAGGUCCACGAGAGAACUCACACGGGGGAGAAGCCUUUUUCUUGCAAAACUUGUGGGAGAAGUUUUAGUCAGAGAACUACCCUGCAGGAUCACGAGAGAACGCACACGGGGGAGAAGCCUUUUUCUUGCAAAACUUGUAGGAAAAGUUUUAUUCGGAGUAAUCACCUGAAGAGACACGAGAGAACGCACACAGGCGAGAAACCCUUUUCAUGCAAAACUUGUGGGAGAAGUUUUAGUCAGAGAACUACCCUGCAGUAUCACGAGAGAACACACACGGGGGAGAAGCCUUUUUCUUGCAAAACUUGUGGGAAAAGUUUUACUCGUGGAUCUAGCUUGAAAGUCCACAUGAGAAGCCAUAAAGGUGAGAAGUCGUAUCCAUGUACAACUUGUGGUGAUAGAUUUGUUAUCAAAUCACUUCUAACAAAACAUUUGAUGACCCACACAUUGCAAAACUGAUGUUUUUGUAAAAUGUUGUAAAGAUCUCUGACUUGUCAGUUAUACUAAGUCCACAUGAGAAUACAUCCAGUUGAGAAGCCACACCAUGGCAACAGGAGAGGGAUUUGAUUUGCUCAAGCAUUGUCAAAGAAGUUGUUACUUAGUUAUUGAUUCAUUAAUUAAAGAUACAACAGUUAGCGAAAAUGACACUGGAAAUGUUUCCAGGAGACCAACCUGAGAUGAACCUUGAUGUAGUUCAAUGCUUUAUGAAGUUCCAUCACCACUGAUGAGGAGCAGACUUCAAUAACUUCACAAAGCAUUGAACUACAGCCAGGUUCAUCACUUACAUCUACACAAGAGUUUGUACAUUUACAUUAGCUGCAUCUCUGCAACUGAAUGUGGGAAAUAUCCCAUUGAGGAGACAUCACAAUAUCUUUGAUGCAGUACAUGGUCAACAACAUUUGCUGAAGUACCCACGUUUCUGCUCUUCAUGUGACUGUCAUUGAUAAUUACAUCUGCAAAGGAAGUGAUGUAUUCACCCAUGUCUCUUUGUUUAUUCAUGUGUCAGCCAUUUAUACCAGAUGGUGCAGGAAGGGGACGGGGGUGAGAGAAAUUGAUUGGGUUUAAGGGGCAGUUCCAGGAUAUGUUAUUAUCACUUAAUGUUGAGAGAUGUUGUUAAUGUGUCAGGAAAGACUGUGGAUCAAGAUGUACAAAUCUGACAUAUUUGUGGUACAGAAAUUUAUAAGAACAAAGUAUGUGGGGCAGAUUAUCAGAUGACUUCCCUUUUCUUUUUUUCCCUAUUACAAAAGAAGAAAAUAUGUUGUUAAUGUGUAAACUGUCCUAAAUGACUCACUGUAAAUGGUUAUUCUUUUGUACUAUGUGUAUUCAAUACUUCAGUGCAUUUGCAGUUUAUUCAGUGAAAAGAUCAAUAUUACCACUUGAUGCAAAAAUUCAACUUAACUUUGAACACGGAUGCAAACCAGACAACUCUUCUCUUAUUCUCAAUUGCAACUGUCCACAGUGUUGAGAUAUCUAUGUCUCUCUGUAUCUUGUGACUGUAUUUUACCUGUAUCCUGUGAAUAAAUAUUAGCUGUAUAGUCUAUAUAAUCAAUAAUGCACAAUACAAAGUAUAAACUGUCACUGUAACCUGUAUAACAAAAAAAAUGUUAAUGACAGUUGGUUCCUCAAACAAACUGUGAGACAGACAGGGUGCUUAGGAAAGAGAGAGGACGUGCCAGAACUAAUACAAUGAGGUGCUUCAUGAAACGUGGUGAGAAAAAGAUAUUAAAUCCUCCUAUGUCUAAUCUGCUGUGUCUCUCCGCUGUAGCAGGCUCCCUGUUUGCCAAGGCCACAGUAGUGGGACACCUGGUCGGUUGAAUUUUCCGUUACAACUGAUGUGCUUGCAAAAAACAGCACUUUGAGGAAACAGUAUACCUCUGGCCAAUAACUGAAUUCCCUCAAAGACAAAGAACCGCCUCUGUGCCCACCCUGUGUCUGAUUAUAUAUACUGUGGAUUUAGGAUUAAACGGGGCUUCUUCUCGACAUGAUCCAGUGAACCUGGUGACGUGUCCGGCAGAACCCCAGAGACUCUCUGUAAGUAUUGUUCUUAUACAAUAAAUAUUCAAUUUCCAAAA